GAGUGUUUUCAAAGUUUUGAAAUUGCCGAGUCGGAUAUACUCCUUUAUCGUGCGGAUACAAGACAUACAAGGCAAAAUUCACCGACACAAAUUCCAUGUCUUUAAAGUAACCAAUCAUAUUCUUGUAAUUAGGCCCCGAAUCAUCAAGUGAAUUUGCCCAGUAUAUGAUAGGACAUAUUAUUUUAACUUGAGAAGAGUACAAAGUGUAUCAGACCAAGUUCAGCUUUCAACAUGGAUGUUACUUUGUUGAACUAUUUGUAUGUACUGAUGGUGAUGUUGGUAAAUGAAGUUACAAGAGUUGCUGGUGAUUGCAAUGUUGGUUCCAAGGUCACCUAUAGACAAUAUAGUGACACCAUAGUGAACCACACCAUCGUUGGCCCCAUCAUGUCAUCUAUUACAGCCAAGAAUGAGAGAGAAUGUGAGAUGGAAUGUCACCUGGCUGUACCAGACAUGUGCUACAUGUUCAACUACUAUCCCUCGUCUAAGGUUUGUGAGUUGCUCUACAAGGAUCGUGCGGCAGAGUACAAGGUGGAGAAGAAGAAAGGAUCUACAUGCAAGACACGAAAGUGUGAAUCAAGUUCUUGUAAGGUCACACAACAUUGUGUCUCUCUUGGUGACCAGAGCAACACCCUCUGUCUGAACUUCACCGGUUGCAUCAUCAAAGCCAACACAGCUCCUGUGUGUAUUGGUGCGAAAGACGACAGCUACGGGACAUUCUUUGCUCCUGUUGAUGGCAAAGUCAAGACCUUCAAGCUCGUUCACAUCUCAGGGGGAAUUGCUGCUUAUGGAAGUUCUUAUGGAGGAGCUCCAGGAAAUUGGGGAACUUUGGCUCCUGCAGACCCCCAUCCACACCUUGAACUACACGUCACCGAUACCCAGAACUCAAGAAUCACCCCUCCAUCUGGGUACCCUCUUGAUAUGAAAAGUAGUUUGAUGCGCUACGGUGUACCAGGCUUCACGGUCAUGAGUCCAGAUCUCGUGUUCCCUGACAUUUCUCUACCUCUUGCUGUGUCCAAAGGAAAAGAGUUCAGGAUUUGGGAAGGACAGGAUCUCAUUAACUCUAAUCAAGACAAUAACUUUGGACAAACCUGUGCUGACGUGUACGUUUUCUUUCUCGAUUAAAGACCCGCCCCAGUGCUUUACUGACAUUUUUACAUUGUUUUAAUUACUGCAGCGGGAUGAAAAAAACUUUGGGAAAUUCCCAAGUACGCGGCGAAACAAAGUUGAAAUUUGCAUUGAAUUUUAACUUCAUAAUCUUAACCAGGUUGUUGGAGAUCAAACGAAGUUAGGUACAAAGUCUCGCUCUUCACACAAGUAAGAAUUGAAUGAAAAACUUUGGUUAUCUCGCAGUGAAUUUUCCAAUCCGCUGGGGUUUUUUAAAAUACGAGUAAUGUGAAAUUGAGUGUAAAGCGCUCGGGCAGGAUUUCUCGCAAACUUUUCUCACGUGAAAAAAAAUGUGUACGUUGCACUACCUUGCACUAAGAGAAGGUACCAUGAUAUACCAUUUGAUAUACCUUGCAAUAUCGUUUAGGAUAAACUUUACACUUAUUAAUGGUUUGCAAACGCUAAGUUUUCCUUAGAGAUUAAAAUGACAAAGACAUGACAGCCAUGUUAGUUGUACUAACAAUAUGGCGUGUUGACGUAACGUGUAAACGAAACCUUCAUUCAGACGUGCACAUACUACAUUCUAAUCAAUUUUUCUGUUCAAAUAAACACAAUUCUCAGCUUACUAUAGCUGAACACAUCUCAACGAUGUGGAAUUUUCUCUAACGUUUUCUGCACGUUUUCGGGUCAGUAUAUUUUCUUCAUUUUCUUCAGUGUGCUGACAUUGUUUACAUACGAUUCACGAUCAUUUUAAGAUUGGUAUGCAACAUGAAACGAAACCUUCACCAACAAAAUUCAACGUGUUUCGCUUAAGGUGGAACCAGAGUUUCAAGCUUCCAUAUCAACCAUACACUCUGUAAACUUUAGACAGCUUUUAGAAGAUUUUGAUUAUACUCAUUGAAACUUCUUCAAAAUUGCCCGCAUACUAAUAUUGAAAUGUUUUCUCAAAUGACAAAAUCUUCUUGCGAAGUUGUUUGAAAUUCAGAAUUCUUCUUAGUCCCUAUGAACUCAUUCGACGAUACGGCGGUCAUCUUGGAUCCCAAGGCCGCAUUAUGUGGCGUCCAGGGGAGCAAACAAAGCAGCCGGUUAUAGUAAUGAUAUUGUAAAAAAGAGAAUACAACAAAAGAUAAAUUAAGACGGCUGUACAUCGAUCGCUUUUACCAAUAAAAGAAAGACAAACACACGAAACUAUCAUCUAUGUUUUGUAUUACCCCCCUGACAAGAUGGCCGCCGUAUCGUCGAAGUAGUCCAUUCUCAUGAGUUGUCCAAGGAGUUUGAACCAGUCACACAAUCCUUUGGAAGAAAUUUGGGACUUUCUUUUAAAACCUAAUGUUUGUGCAAGGGGAAGCCAUUGUUAAUGCAAGAAUCCAAUGUUUGCAGGGGACAACUGAGUACGAGAAUUUGAUUGACUUACCACCUUUGCUUCUGUAUGCUAGCGACGGAAGCAUAAGAAUCUGGUUUUUACUAGCGAGGUAAGGACGGAAGCAGAAGCAUUAAGAAAAAGGAAACCUUCCGUGCUUUCUGCUUCUGCUUACGUCUCCGUUGUUUGAUUUUCACAGCAACAUAAGACGUCUUACGCUUCUGCUUUUGCUUCCGCUUCUGCUUCCGUCGCUAGUGAAAACCAAGCUUUAUACUUUUUGACAAUUUGUCAGUUUUUGCACCAUAAUUUAGCUAGUGCUGAUGAUUGACACCGGGGGUGGAACGACAUUAAAACUGUAUGCAGGUGGCUAAUAAAGCUUUUUAUCUGACAAA